AUGGGGGGAAAAGUGACAUGUAUGUCUGUUAUUCUUUUUUACAGCUUUUGUGUAGCACAACUAAUGGACAACCUGACAUUUACAAACGACAUUCUCCUCAUGGAGGGACUGAAAGUUGCACAUCAGUCUUCCUAUCCUGUUUUCAUCCUGCUUCUUUUGGUUUAUGUUUUUACAAUGGGAUGUAACAUCGGACUUAUAAUAUUGAUCUCCACUGACAAGAAUUUGAAUCACCCUAUGCAUUUUCUGUUCUGUAACUUGCCACUGAAUGAUAUCCUAGGGACCACUGUCAUUGUGCCACACUUAUUACAGGAUACUUUAAUGCAAACCUCAAAGCGCUAUAUGACAUAUGUGGAGUGUGUUCUUCAAGCUUACUUUGUUCACAUAUUUGGAACUGUAAGUCACACAGCACUAAUGAUUAUGGCCUUUGACAGAUAUGUGGCUGUUUGCAAUCCACUGCGAUACACAGCCAUAAUGACCAAUAAAAUGGUGGUUAAACUAUCAGCAUUAGCUUGGGGGGUGUCGAUACUGGCAGUGGGAAUUUUAAUUGGACUCACUGUACGCCUGUCUCGCUGCAGAUCAAAAAUUGAAAAUCCUUUCUGUGAUAACGCCUCACUGUUUAAAUUGUCUUGUGAGGACAGUGUGGCUAUUAAUAAUAUUUAUGGAAUAUUUUCUACUGUGGUAAUCUUUACCUUCUCACUUGGGUCUGUUUUCAUAACAUAUGGAAAGAUUGCUGCAGUAUGCAAAAGAAGCAAAAACAAAGCAUUUAACAGCAAAGCCAUAAAAACCUGUGGAACACACAUAGCUGCUUAUAUAAUCAUGCUUGUUUCUGGUGCCAUCAUGGUUUUUUUCCAUCGUUCUCCCCAAUAUUCUGAAAAUAGAAAACUAGCCAGUAUAAUGUUUCAUUUAAUACCACCAGGACUAAAUCCUUUAGUAUAUGGUCUACAAACCAAAGAGAUAAGGCAAAGGGCUGUUAAACUUUGCUGCAGAAAUAAAGUUAAUGUCAAGUAAAUUGUCAUUUUUAUGUUUGGAAUGGAGAAUAAAUCUUAUAAACAUAUUGCUGAAUUGAAAAUAAUGAUUUAUUACAGCUGUCAUUCCUUUUAUAAGAAAUUGUUAUCUUGUCUUUUUUUCUCUUACUAAAAAAGACAGCUGUAAAUCUUUGUGAAUCAAAGUGAAUCAUUAAACUGACAAUUGAUACAUUUUCUUUCGAAUGUUUUCCUUCUAUUUUAACUUCACUUUCUGAAUACAAUUCACUUUUGUUCAGAUCAUAAAAUAUUUACAAACUGUUUUGUUCUAUGAAUUUACAGAAGCAACCAUUUUAUUUUGCGUAUCUCUAAUCUUGUUAUAUAUUCGGUAUGUUCUGUUUUGAUUUUGUUUUCCCUGUUUUCCUACCUCCUGUUUCAGUUCCUUAUUUAUUUAAGUUUUCCCUAAUUACAUUCUGUGUGUUUAUAAGCACGGUCUUCUCCUUAGUUCCUUGGUCUUGCGUAUAUCAUGUUUGUUAUUCCUGCCUGAAGACUAUUCAUUAAAAGGACUUUUUGUAUGUUCCAAAUCCUAUGUUGUGUGCUACCCUCAGUACACAUAAAUCUAAAUCUAGACCUUUAAUAACUCAAACCUAAAACAUCUAGGAGGUUAGGAAAUAAGAGCAUAGUUGUAUAGUACGAUAGUAGAGGAUAGUUGGCCAAGAUACUUUUGAUUCAGAUAUAAGAGAGAAGAAUAUUUUCCCUACACCCACCACAGCUAAUACCAAACUUGAUAAUGCGAUAAAAACCUGUGGAACACAUUUUUGUUUCUGGUGCCAUCAUGUUUUUUUGUCCAUCAUUCUCCUCAGUAUUCUGAAAAUAGAAAACUAGCUAGUAUAAUAUUUCAAUUAAGUACCACCAGGACUAAAUCAAACAACUUAGAGGUAAGCAAAUAAGAAAAAAUAAUAAAUGUUGGAAGAAAUAGCUGAAUUAAAAAACCAAAGGUUAGUUGGCCUUCACACUUUUGGAUUGGCUAGAUGAGCUAUUGUUCUGAAUAUCAAAAAAUCUUUUGCAAACAAGAUUGUGCAAGCAUGUACCACAGACACAGCUUCUCCACAGGCUGUGUAAGCACCGAUCAGAGCCGAUGAGUGCCUACAGGCCCACAAGGGGAGCACAGAAUCUCCCCACCAAGUAGUAGCAGCGCUUGGACACAAUUGCAUCGCUACCGACCGCUCCACUGGGAGGACCCCCGUAUACCCUCUGGCUGUGCCGCUGUCAAAGGUGGUGAGGGAGGAAGAACCACCACAAUGGUUUCUGGCAGUAAAAGGUGCCAUCCACAUUACUGUGAGUUCUUCAUGCACCUCCAGGAUGAAAGGUACUGGAGUUGGGCCCUGAGAACCAGCGCAAGCCACCCCUAAGUACCAACUGUCCAACCUUGAGGGCUUGGGACACAGUGGAGGUUUCUACUUGAGACUGAUCCUCUUCUGAUAGCCACUGAUAGCCACCAGUUCUGGAUCCGUAUCCAUCACAGUGAAGGAAUGGGC